UUGGAGUUACAGAAUAGAUCAUGUUAAAUCUCACGAGCAUUCGUUUUGCAAUGAAAAUCAACCUUCAUUGGACAAUGGUUUUGUAAAAAGCAAAUGUGCUCAAUUUACUAGUGGAUGUGUGGCUACUAUAAAGUGCAGACCUUGCUUUGAACUUAAAGGACCAAAGACGGUUACGUGCAUGGGUGGUAAAUGGCAAUCCAUGAACAAGUCUUCCUGUCAAAAAAAGAACAUAUUCUGCCCGAAAUUAGUGGCUCCAACAAAUGCAAAAAUAUCGAGCGAAAACAACAGUUGUGGAUCUGUAGUUUUCAUGUCUUGUCUGAAGGGCUUCAAACCAUCCACAAAAAAGAAACUUACAUGUAAACCAAAUGGAAAAUGGACGGGACAAACAAUUGCUAAUUGCAAAGGAAAGGCCUUGGGAAAAUCGGACAUAAAAUGUCCAGAUCUUGAUAAACCGUUACAAAAUGUAACAUUAAGAUCAGGCCGUCUGAAGGAUAAUUAUGUUUUGGACAAGGUUUCAUUUACAUGCAGGAAAGGCUAUCUACCUAAGGGUCCAAUGAAAUUAACAUGUACAAAUAAAGGAAAAUGGAAUCACCCAAUGCCCAUAUGUGUUCCAUCAAAUAUAUCAUGCCCUGAUAUAUCCAUUCAGAAUAAAAGCUACUUGAUCAUCACCGAGGGUAAACUGGAGAACAAUAUUUUCCAGGAUACCAUUUUGUUCCAAUGUGAGCAGUUUUAUAAACUUCACGGAUCAGAUCGUUUAAGAUGUCAGAAAAGUGGCUCUUGGGACUUUGCAGUCCCGUCAUGCGAAGAACGUUCGACUUGUCCUGACAUUGUACUCCCUACAAAUGUGGUUGUAAGACAGUUUUCAAAGCUAACAGGAAAUAAAGAUGGUGACAUAGUGAAAUUUGGAUGUACCAGUGGACACAUGCCCGAUGGUCCAAUGAUUAUGAGGUGUCUCAAUGGAAUGUGGGAUUCCAGAUUACCAAGAUGUCUUCCUACUGAAGUGAAGUGCCGUGAUCUUGUGAUUUCUGACCCAAACCUCUUAGUAGUAGCCGGGAGGCCCUUCAACAAUAGGAUUCGCGACAAUAUUGAAUUUCUAUGUAAGGCAGGCUUUACUUUAAUGGGACAGAAGAAAUUAUAUUGCAGUGAACGGGGUAGCUGGAGUGGUAUUGUUCCAACAUGUGAAGUGACAAGCAACCUCUGUCCAGAUGUAUUAGUUCCUGAAAAUGGCUUUGUCAUAUUAGGACAGUUGCAUAACAACUCGGAAGGGGCUAAAAUUACAUUUGGCUGUAAAGAAGGUUAUGCUAUCAAUGGCAACCCAAACAUAACAUGUAAGGAGCAACAGGUUAUGGUUGUUGAUGGGAAUACCAAUAGAUUUGACACAGGGGUAGUUUGGAACCAACUAGUGCCAACAUGUUUAGAAGCUAAUCUGGGGGACUGCCCUGAUAUAGUGAUGCCACUUCAUGGUAGACUCUCUCAAGGGAAACUUAUUAGUAAUAAAGUAGGCGAAGCCGUUGUUAUUUCAUGCCUGGAGCAGUACAAGAGACUAGGGGCGAGAAAAUCGGAAUGUUUACAAGACGGAACUUGGAGCAAACAGCCUCCAGCAUGCUUUAAUUACACUGUUGCCUGUCCAAAUAUCAUCAUACCAGAACACUCAAAACUUGUAAUAUUGAAAGGAAAACUAGUAGGGAGUAUGGUGUCAGAAAAAGUUGUAUUUGGCUGUGAAGAUGGGUUUGUACUUGAUGGAAUACCUCUGUUGACCUGCGAUAAAUAUGUAAAAUGGGACUUUGCCAUACCACAAUGUAUACCCAGUGAAUGCCAGGUUUCCCCAAGCAGUGUACCAAAUUCUGUUCGUUAUGGACUGAAGAAUGUUUACGUUCCUGGUGAUAUUGUCACCUAUAAGUGUGGAAACUGUUACGAACUGAUAGGCGUUGCAGAUUACUUUUGCAACAACAAGGGAGACUGGUUCCCACCUUACCCACCUAGUUGUAGAAAGUAUUCAUGCCGAUUGAACAAUAUGCUAAACAUAGCAAAUGGAAGAGUACUAAGUUACAUCUCAGAAGAAGUUACCUCUCUGGAAUGUGGCGGUUGGCCUGGUUUGAUUUACAGUUGUGAUGACGGAUUCGUCCUGUUAGGAGAUAGUACUGUUCAGUGCAUACACGGCGGAAGCUGGAGUUCUAGUAAACCAUUAUGUCUUAAAAAUGCAACGUGUCAAGAUGUUCCUAGAAUCAUAACGAAUGGAAGAGCUAUUCGGGUUCAGGAAAGAUACAUUGAAGGUGACACCGUCCAGUAUGAGUGUAAUCAAUGUUAUAAACUAAAAGGACCCAUGACAAUAACAUGUCAAGCGGACCAAACCUGGGACAACACUGUUCCUGAAUGCGUUGAAAUGGUCUGUGGAGAUGUAGAUGCUCUAUGGAUAUCAGUGGCAACGCGCAAACGGUCUUCCAAUAUAUACUUCAACGUCAGUUCUACUCUUUACAAGAAAGUCAAAUUUAGAUGCAGCUUUGAUUUUGAGUGCAUGGUACCCGUUUUUAAUUCUGGUUGUGGCAUUCCUAGUGUGACGCCUAAGAUAAUAGGUGGCGACGAGUCGGACCCCCAUUCUUGGCCAUGGGCUGUAGCCUUGAAGUAUGGAGAUAAAUUCCAAUGUGGUGGGACACUUAUUCACCAGAACUGGGUCAUCACUGCCGCUCAUUGUGUAAGAGGAUUGUACCUAAGUGAUGAAUACAACUACAAUGUUCUCAAGAACUGGACUGUACUCCUUGGAAAACAUGAUUUGUAUGAAUUAGAAAAUAACACAAUGACCGUCGGUGUGUCCAAGAUAGUCCUUCAUGAAGAAUACGAAGAAGUUACCUAUACAAAUGAUGUUGCCUUAUUUAAGCUUAACGUAACAGUUGCUUACUCAAAAACUAUAACUCCCAUAUGUUUAGCAUUCAAAGAUUUUUUCAAAGAUAAUGAAAGCAAGCUUUCACUGCGAAUGAACUGUACGGCUAUUGGAUGGGGUCGUACAUCCAUGUUUAGUCGAGCAAGUGCAACUCUAAGGCAAGCAAGACUGCCAAUGUUUCGACGCAAUUUGUGUAACACAUGGUACGAUGGUCAGGUUACUCAAACAAUGUUCUGUGCUGGGGAAAGAGACGGAGCUGCUGAUACAUGCAAGGGUGAUUCCGGAGGUGGCUACUUUUGCUCCCAUAGAGGUCGUUGGAUUCUAUGUGGGGUCACAAGUUGGGGGCGUGGAUGUGGGAUAAAGAAAUCACCUGGAGUUUAUACAAAAUUAAACUUUUAUUUCACCUGGAUAAUGUCACAUCUGGUGGCUGAUACUAAUGAUAAUAUCUCCUUGUGAAUAUUUAGCUGAUUUAAUCUAGACAUAUGAUGUGCAAUUUUUGAUAUAAACACAAUAUUUGAUUGAACAUAGAACUGCAAUUUCAUCUCAUAUGAGAUAAUUUGAAUAAAAAUAGCUUUUUGAAAUAAA